AAUAUUACUGUCGUCUGCUUUCUUUCGUUUUCGUUUACAUUUUUUACAAUAAAUUAGAAAAUUACAAGUUCAAAAAGGCCCUAAAAGAGACAAAGUUUUGCAGAUAUCAAAGAUAACGGAAAGAUCUCUUUGUUUUGGAAACGUGGCAGCACGAAAAAUAGCAGGACAAUAAAAUUACAAAAAUGUGGUGGUCGUGGCAGCUCUAGCAGUCUAGCUGGUCGUGUCUCUAUAGAAUCGCUUAUUACACACUUCAUGCUGUUAAAGCAGAUUUCCAGUCUGAGCUAGACAUCAUAACAAUAUGAUAUGCAAGUUUUUCUUGGUUUUGGUUGUGACCUAUUGUCAGCUACAAUCUCAGCAUCAUCGCUUGGAUAAACAGCAGGAUCCCGUUUGCAUUUAGAGAAACUACCCAUGUCGGGCGAUUCAUCUGGUUUCCCCUUUCUUUAAAUGUCCUAGUGUACACCCAUGCGAGUGUGGGGGUAUUCACGAGGACUCCCUUUUUUCCUGUCUCAUCCGCCUGGUGGAUUCAACUUUUUCGAGAUCAGCAGAGAACUGAGCAACUGUGAAUGCCUGGCCGUAUUUCCCAGGCUUUAAGGACAGCGAUAUGAUCGUAACAGCUUCAUCGAUGGUCUCUCUGCUGCAAUCAACAACACUAUUAUAUACAAGUCGCGGCCCAUGGUGGUGUGUAUUAGAGGAGAAGCGAUUGGUUCCGCUCCAUUCACGCCAGGCGGGCCGGGUGCUGCUGCUGGAACAUGCACGUGUUAUUCCCCCCUCUUGUACUAUUCAAUUCACCAAAGUAUUUUUUUUUUAUUCCAUCGUCGAUGAUGGGCAAAAGGUGAUGCUGAUUCGAUUCGUCACAGCGGUCUGGAUCGCUCCUAUUCUCUAUGAUAUUAUAGGCCGUCAAAAUGUCUAUCCAUCAAGCAACCAGCCUUUCCUUUCCCCCCGUUCCGUCGUGUACAUCGACACGCCUAUCAAAUUGCGCAUUUGUCUUGGCGCCAUUAUUCACGCCGACUGACUUUGACUGCCUGUUGUGUCCUAUCCUAUAUGUACUGCAGUUUGUUGCCUAUUGUGUCCUAUAGAAACUUUUGGCCAUAGUCUAUACACUCUCAAACUGAGAGAGAGAGACGUGAUGUUGCGUUAUUCAUUCAAUACAAAAGGGAGAGUCCGAAAUCGACAGGUUAUAUAAGCUGAUGCGCAUUUCUAUAUUUUUUCUUCCCCCCAAUGUUCGUGUCAAGAUGAGAUCAUCGGCACUGAUGACGUCGUAAAUGAACUUGGAAUUUUGGCUGUUUUUUUUUCGGUGAAUCACGCCACUCCAUCUGCGUAAAGAAAAAACGAACGAGAUGACGAGGUGGAAGCCAGAGCACACAUCUUUCAUUUGGAUAUAUAGACCAAUUUGCAUACCAGAAAUAAUGCACUUGACUGACCUUCGUUCGAAAUUAAGCCUCGGGCGAUUUAAACAGAUUUUAUGGUGGCAAAACUCAAACGUCGAAUCACUUUUCUUAUAUCCUCCGUAAAGUAAAGAGAAGAAAAUUGAGCUCAUCGAUUGAAAUUGAAAUUCAUUCGAUGAUGUAAGCGGGGUGAAGUUUUCCCGUCGAAUAUGAUUGGCUGCUGUGGGUCGUCGGGGGAUGAAAUAGCUCACGGUGAUUGGUCGCCGUCUCGGCGCACGCUCUACUAUCACACACUCACGCCCAGUGUGUGUGUGUAUCUCUACACAGUAGUUAACAGGGAAAUAAAGGACGGACCCGCCCAGCCUCAACCCCCGGCGUCACCACACACACUCCGUCGAAAAGGUGGGGGUGGAGAGUUACAAGCCGUACACGUUUGAUGUGUCAUUUGGAGAGAGAGGGAAAAGGAGGAGUAGAUAUUAUGUACAGCAGAGAACGACGUCCGGCAUUUAAAGGCUUGUUUGUCCGGCACGUGCCAGUCACACUCCAGCCAUUGACACCGUCAGUCGGCCUACAUAACCGUUCGACAUCUAAAUCCGGAAUUCCUCCAGGACGAAUACGAAGAACCCCAGUGAAAUAGUCAAAGAAAAAAGAGGCGGGAAAAAAUGAAUUUCGAUUUGGAAUCAGUUAACCGGCAGUUUUUGAUCGAGUCGUCGGCCUCAGCGUCGCACUGCCUGGCCGAUUUCACGGCCGAUUCGUCGACUUUCUACGACGAAUCGUGCGGGACCCACUCGCCUUCGGACGAUUCGGAAUUGAUGAGCGGGAGCGACGCCGAGUCGGCCUAUUCCUCGUCGCCGGACCAGCGGAGCAGCGACAGCGGAACCGGAGGAGCUUCGUCCUCUUCGCUGCUGCGGACGGCCAAUUCCAGCAGCGGCGUCGGCAGCAGCAGCAGCCGCUCUUGGCGUCGCAAGCGACGCUGCGGCCACCAGCAGGUCCACCAGCGGCAGGCAGCCAAUUUGCGGGAGCGUCGCCGCAUGCAGUCCAUCAACGACGCCUUCGAGGGCCUACGGACCCACAUCCCCACUUUGCCCUACGAGAAACGGCUGUCAAAGGUGGACACGCUGCGUUUGGCCAUUGGCUAUAUUGGUUUUCUUGCCGAGUUGGUGGCUAACGACCGACACCCCACCGACGUCCUUCAGAACGCCGUACCUGAGCCGCCGAAAAAGAUCUUCAUUAGCUCAACUAAAGAUGUGCAACAUCACGGGGUGGUGUCCGUGGCCUCAGUUCAUUCAAUAUCGUGGUCAUCGGAGAAGGAGAACGCCAGCGCUUCGCAUCCGGGUGGCGUCAUGGUGGCAAAACUGUGGACGCCAGAAGAUCCGCGUUCACUCCGCACGCACCAAGAAAGCGGCGGCGGCGGCCCGUUCGCUCAAGCGAAUUGAAUAAAUCAAGAAUU